CAAACAUCACCAAUUCCUUCACCUAUUUUCCUCUUUGCUACUGAUAAAUUUGCUGUGCUACUAUUUCUUAUUUCAUUUUCUUCAUCUUCUUGAGAUAAAAACAAAAUGAGCAGAUCGGACGGAGACUGGAUGUGUGGUUCAUGCCAACACAUGAACUUCAAGAAGCGGGACUCGUGCCAACGAUGCUCAACUCCCAAGUUUGGAGGCGGGGCUGACAUGUCAUCGUAUGGAAUAAACAGGACAGAAGUCUUGGCAGGGGACUGGUACUGCCAUGCCAUGAACUGUGGGGCCCACAACUACGCAAGCCGGACAAGUUGCUAUAGGUGUGGCACUACUAAACAAGAUUAUUGUGGAUAUGGCGGUGGCACGAUGGCGGCUGCUGGUGGUUAUCUAUACGAUGGAAGUGGCCUCCCGGGAUGGAAAUCUGGUGACUGGAUUUGCACUAGUCCUAUAUGUGGUUGGCACAACUAUGCUAGCAGGAUGGAAUGCUUCAAAUGCAGAACACCGCGGGAUUAGGGUGGUGCGGUUUAAGGAAAGUGAAUUAACACCUCUUCUUUUUUUCCCUUUUUUUUCUUGCCUACUUUCUCCUCAUUUCCUGGUUGUGUUUAAUAAGCUUUACAUUUAUGUUUGAUGAUCCAUUUUCACAAGCAUAGCCAUGUAUUUGCCCCAACUAGGGUUUCAAACUUUUAUUUUAUGAAGCAAAUGAAAACUCUUCACUUCUUCAAUAAAUCUCUCUCUCUCAAUAUUUUUUU